UCUGCUCGGUUCUCGAGUACCUUGUCUUUGGCAAUGGUUACGGGCAGGAGAGCUGUGUGAGCUGCUUAAGCGGCAGAGGCUGGAGUCCCCGAUGACUUGGUGACUUCAUCCUUCUGCACAGGGGAUGAUGCUGCUCUUGAGUUUUCUGCCACUGUCCCGUCCGUAACUUCGCUCUCGUUCACCCCCUUUCCCGCUCUUCUACGUCUGUAAACAGCCCAACACAACACCUCUUUCCUCCUGAUCCGAUCGCCUCUUCGUUUUACCUCUCCCCGGACCGGAGAGCCUCUCGGGUUGAGUCCUCCUAGAUGAGACAGAAGACUGCAGAAGAAAAGUGAUCUCCCCCAGAGUCACAGAAGAGUUGGUAAAUCUGGACAAGAACCCAGCUUUGGAACUGUGAAGACCAAGGACUUUUAUAUUACUCUCAAUACCCAAAGAUCUUUAUAAGCUAUCUUGCUGGGAAAUGCCCAAGGUCAAAAGAAGCCGGAAAGCACCUCCAGAUGGCUGGGAGUUGAUCGAGCCAACGUUGGAUGAACUAGAUCAAAAGAUGAGAGAAGCUGAAACUGAACCCCAUGAGGGAAAGAGGAAAGUGGAAUCUCUGUGGCCCAUCUUCAGGAUCCAUCACCAGAAAACCCGCUAUAUCUUCGACCUCUUUUACAAGAGGAAAGCCAUAAGCAGAGAACUCUAUGAAUACUGCAUUAAAGAAGGCUAUGCAGACAAAAACCUGAUUGCAAAGUGGAAGAAGCAGGGCUAUGAGAACCUAUGCUGCCUACGUUGCAUUCAGACUCGGGACACCAACUUUGGCACCAACUGCAUUUGCCGGGUUCCCAAAAGCAAGCUGGAAGUGGGUCGCAUCAUCGAGUGCACACACUGUGGCUGCCGGGGUUGCUCUGGCUGACACCCUUGACUCCUCUGCAUCCUGGCCUUUGGACCUUGGACUUAAGACUUAUUGGGCCGCUGCCUGAAGCAACUCUUCCCAGAGUGGUGCUCAGAGAAAAGACCCAGGGGGAAGCAUGGGCUGUACAGGUGACGACGUUAGUGGUCACCAGCUGAGAUCUGUAAAAAUAAAACCUGUAGACCUCCUC